GGAUGGCAGCUACCAACGGGUUGUUCAUCCAUACCAUGAAGCCACUUAAUCACUACCACUUUAAAUUACACUGAAUAUUUUUGUGACGCAUCGAAAAGACAUUUGAGAAUAGUUCUAGUCGUUUCUUCAUUCACUUCCUAUUUUGUAUGCAAAACGCACAGGAAUAAAAUCUCAUUUAGUUCGACCGCGUGCAUAUGACUACAAUUGAUUAAUCAACCAUAAAAAUGUGAGUUUGUUGCCUUUGUGGCAACUGGAAUCUUUUCUCUGUAUUUACAAGUACUUUGUUGUACCACGUGUUUACUCUUAAAACAAGUUUCUUGAUUUGUUUACAGCAUGCAAAAACAUUCUAAUAUAAUGAUACUGAAUAAUUAAACUCCUUUAUAUAGCACAUCUCUCCAGUAUCGGUUGAACUCUAGGCACUUUACAUACCUACAGGCUGUAUAUUAGGAGAUAAGUUUUUAUAAAGGGUUAAAAAUUGUGAACAGCAAUGAAAAGACGACGGCGUUUUGUCCCCCAGAAGGGUCGUGACCUUCCUCUUUGCAUAACAUGUGACAUGCAGGGUGGACCAGCUCCACACCUAAUUUACCAUCAAAUAUAGCAAAAGUGGAUACACGACAAACAGUGUAACACAGUAUUAUAAUAUUUCCUCUAACAUCAAUACCAACGUUUCAAAAUAUUUCACGGAUCGAAAUACUUCUGCUUCCGUGUCUACUCAGAUUCUUCUAAUAAGCAUUUAGAGUGCUCUUAAUUGCUUUAACAAGGAAACUUUAAUCCUUUCAAUUUCCUUCUUUUUUUUAUCAUGAUUUCUCUCAUAAGUGAAGUUGUCGUGUUUGCUAACACGGAGAAUGUUUACAAUGAGUUCGUUUAAGAAUGCACAUUAUUUGUCGCUGCUAGUUUUCCUAACGCUGAAGGAAAUACUUGUAUCAGCAUGCUGGAUAACGAACGUAUCAGAAACAUGGUAUAAAAAGGAAAGAGAUUUCGCAAAUAUCAGUUAUACCUUUGACCCUAUGAAAGGCUCACAAUUUCUCUUUCCAUUGAACGUCAAGUUUGAAGUUUGUGAAAAUAACAACACGGAACUAAAAUGCAACUGCAUUGCGUCACGACAGUCUGAGAACAUGAAUGUGAGCAUUCGGUGCACAACCAACAAGUUUUGUAUGUUCAACUUUGAAAGUUUGGGCAGCUUCGAGAUUCGCAUCUCUUAUCCGAUCAGUCGACCAUUAAGUGCGCUGCAACUGUCACUGAGGGACAGUAAGUCGAAACAGGAGACGCUGAAGAUGAUAUAUCUUGAAGUCUUGUAUCCCCCCAAAGUCAUACUUUUGACUGUCGACGGGCGUGAAGUGAACGGACAUCACCUUAUUACCGAGGGUCAGAAGGUCAACAUUUCCUGCUCUUUUGAGAAAGGAAAUCCACCAGCGUCCUUUUACCUGUUAGAUAAUAACAGCCAGAGACUGAACACGACUGCAGCUGAAAAUUAUCUCAACUACACAUUGUCGGCGCAGUGUUCAAGUCCAUGGUCUUCAGUCAGGUGUGAAGGAAAUGGAUCUGAACAAAAUAAGUCAGUGUCCUUUGCUGUUGCAUGCCCUCCUCAGUUUACCAACAAGGUAAACAAAAUCAGUGUGGAAGCCUCUAACGAAGUAAGACUACCUGUCAAGGCUCACACCACGCACGUGACUGCUUGUUACCUGGAGUCAUUACACGAUGAAUCAUUCAAAGACGUGAACUGCACGUUAACUGGUCACGUGCCUGAUCUUGUACUGAAUCUUCAGUUAAGUAAGAGAGAUAGCAUUACUGAAGGAAACUGGACAUUAACUCUACUGAAUGAAGAAGGUUCAGCAAAUACCACAUUAAGCAUCAUUCAGUAUUCAAGAAUACGACAGAGCAUCAGAAUGUUGACAACUACAUUCACCUGUGACUCACCUUCGCUAGACGACCUCAUCAUUGCCGUCGUCAGUGUCACAAGUGCCAACUGCGAUUCUUCAGUUCUACAUCAAUGCGUGUUUCUUGCCUUCUUACAUUUACAAAAGAACAUUUUAUGCAAAUAUCAAGGAAAAUUGUAA